AUGGCCUUGAAUGCAUUCCUACCUGUUCUGGUGUUCCUGGCAUUAGACGUAUAUCCUCCAAGCUUUCGUCGUCGCACCCAGCCACAGCCUUGCUGCAUCAACAUUGUCACCAACAGCCGCAUCGCGAUGUGGUGCCAACAUCGUCAGAGACUGCUUAGCUCAAAGAUUCUGUUGAGUGCUUCGUGCAGCUGUCCGCUCUCUGACUCCAGCACUGGCUGGUUUCGUUUUGUUUGCCCUGUGUGCAGCUGCCUCAACGUCAGCGCCUCCUACCAAAGCUCCUCCCUGAGUUGGCAGUCUCGCAUUCGCGCACCAGGCCAUGAAGUGAUUGUCUUGAAGCGGGCUUCGUGGGACUUAGGUGUGUUGGGCUAUGUUGGCUUUCUCGCGCAGCAUGCUUUGCAUCUCCAUAGUCACGGAUUUUGCAUUGGGAGUUGCUUGGCCCCGCAACUUUCGCUAGCAGUGGUUGCAGCUGGAGUCUGUGGGGAGGCCGCUAUUGCAAGAUCCGUUGAGGCCACGUCAGCAUAG